AUGAAGUGCAAUAAAGAUGUGGGAAGUGGCCUUGCUGCUGAAACUGGGAGUGACAGUGCUCUGCAUACGGAGACGUGCAAGCCGGACGAGGAGACUGUGGUUGAAGAUUUGACUAAAUGUAAGAAUGCGGUUGAUGGCGAUCAGAAGGAGGAUAUUACUCCAAAGGACAUUCUGAGCGUACCGAACAACGGUUCUUGCGACGUACCCGAUAAUAAGGACGCUUGCAAAACUUCUUCUGGCUUGAAUGAACCGCUGGCUGAGCCGGAAGUUGACCUGCAAGAGACUAUGGAUCUGAGCAAGCAAGAUCCGGUGAGUGUUGGACCUUGUGCAGAUGGUGCGCCUGCGCCCUGCCCGAAGAAUGCCCCAAAAGGACCUGGGGGUCCUGGUGCCGGCGGCAAUACCCAGGAUUCGUCAGCACCGCCUCGUUGCCAGUCUCCUCAAGUUUUAUCGGAUGACCGCCUGAAGUGUGUGGAUGAUGCUUCAGCUGCAAAAGCGGCCCCUUUUCCCCCUCCCCCUGCGCCUCCGCCACCGCCGCCGCCUGGGCAACCUCCGUCUCAUCCUGAGACACAAGUGACUGGUGGUACGGAAGAAAACGGUAAAAAAGAGUUAGCGGAAAUUUCGGUUGGCGGGAACGAACAUGAGAAAGGACUCAACCGGGUUGAUAAAAAGGACGGUAAUAGUGGUCCUGGGGUGUUGCCAAAACACAGGGAGCAAGGAGGCCCGCGUGACAAGCAGAUCGGCGAAGGUGAUCAGGCAGCAGGCGUCGGUGAAUCUUCCAAUGUAUCCACAGACGCUCACAGACCCGUCGGUGCAAAGAAUGACACACCAAUUUCUGGUCCAACACCACCUGCACCACCCGUACAUGAGGCUGAGAGCCUUGCAGACGAUAACCGCAACGGGGAGCCUGCUGAGAGUACUCCUCAGGCUGCAGUCGAACAAGGUGAUGCCGUGCAAUCGCAGACAUCUCCUGCCUCUACUUCCACGAGUGCCACGGAAGCCACAGGCAGCAGCAGCCAGCCGACCGACAAGGGCCAAGACCCGAAGGCUACGGACAGCAGCAGCGGUCCUGUGUGGGUGCAUGCACCUCCGCUGCUGCUGCCGCUAUCUGUGAUGUGGCUGGGUGGUCUGGCUGUGACUGCUGCGUGCUGA